AUGACAGCCAACUCUCGCCUCCUAAUUACUUGCGAUUGUGGAAAAACCGUACAAAAACGAAACUAUGGUCAGCAUUGUUCCAGUAAAUAUCACAUGAAAUUUAUCUUGGAAAAUCAAAUCGAUGAAACGGAAGUAAAUCAAUGUAAUGACGUGCCAUUCGAUUUAACAUCUUAUUUACGUGAAAACGAUCUACGUUCGAAUCGAUCACAUGUUCGUGCAAUUGUCCAACGGUAUGCACAUACUGACCCAUAUACAAAAAAGAACUUCGCACUAAUGGAUGAUGAAUCAAUUUCGAAACAAUUUCACAUCGAUCAUAUACAUGAAGCGCAAAUCCUUGCAUGUGCUAUUAGACGUACGCGAAAAUUUCUGCCUCAAAAUGCGUACAUCCUUUCUCUACAUCCAUUACGACGUGUAUUCAAUGAUGCACCCAAUUUAACCAUAACCGAAGCGGCGAUUAAUCUCUCGAAAGGUCAAGCAAUUCGAUACUUUCUUGGGCAAUAUGAAACAAAGACAGAUAUGACUCUAUUAGCCGCAUUCAUUCAAACAGCAAGCGGAAAAGAAAGAUCGAUUGCCCAUUUAGCUCGCAACAUCACUGCUCUGAUAAACGAAACGAGUGCAACUAUGAGUGAAUCGAUUCGCAGUAUUCGGCAAGACAACGGACACGUUACUGGUACCUACCGAUAUGAACACGUUGCUGACGAGUUCGAUACAAUUAUCGAUCGAAUGAAAUUAGAUUGGACUGAAAGUGUUAAACUUCGCAAUGGAAAAAUCUAUCAAGCAUGCAAAUGA